AGGAAAGCAAACAACCCCCAGGACUCUGUGCACUUGUUUUACAACCAGAACCAGGACAGAGGCCCUUGUUGUGGGGGGGGCAGGGGCUGCCCCUCGAGAUGUCUAAGGUUUCUUCUAGAUCGUCUUACGGAGGGUUGUGACCCUUGGUAUGGAGGAGGUAGUCACGUGGCCAUGCACUUGGAGCCACAUGUUAGCUCUUGCUUUGGACAGGCUACUGGUGGGCCAACAGGGGCCGAAGUCACAAAGGCUGACCCCGAGUUCCAUCACCCUGUCAGGCUCUUCUGGCCUAAAGCCUGCUCCUUUGACUACCUGUACAGUGAUGGGGAGAUUUUACUGCAGAACUUCCCCGUCCAGGCAACCAUCAACCUAUAUGAGGACUCAGACAACGAAGAGGAGGAGGAGGAAGAAGAAAAGGACAAAGAAGAGGAGAAGAAAGAGGAGACAGAUGAAAGGGGGCCGGAAGAGUGUGUGAGGGUACGAGGGUCAGCAGCACACGGCCACAGCUCAUCUUCCUUCCCCGCUCCUGACAUGCCCAAACUGAACUGGUCAGAGUCUGAUUGGGGUUCAGUAUGACUGGCAAGGCUCUAGAGCAUCAAUGAGCCAGGAAUCUCCAGACAUAGCUCUCUAGACUGUAAGUUGGGUCUUUGAGUUCCCAGCUCACCGUGGCGAUAUUCAGCUGGCCUGUGGGCCCAGGCCUCCUGCAUCUCAUUGUCUGUGUUGUUGUGAGACAGUGAGAGGGUCCAAGGAGCUCUAGGGGAAGACCUGCUUUCUGAAGCUCCCCGGGAAGCAGAUCAAGACAGUGCCUGCCCAUGCAGAGAGGACCAGUUACUCUUUGGGGUUCUUUGACUCCCCAGCAUUCCAGCUGGCUCUAGAGUACUGUCUUCCCACAGAAAACCUGACUUCUGGCCUCACCACCAGGGACACCAACAUCAGAUCCAGGCAAAGUGGGGGCACCUCUCUGAGGAGCCUUGCAGGAGAGGAAGGGGGCAUCUAGGAAAUCAGCUUGCUUUGGGGACCUCCCUCCAUUUUGCCUGCUAUCCACUGGGGUCUGUGUGUUGGUAUGAAAUGAAUCAGGAGACAAAUAAACUAGAUGAUGGGUGCCCUUUUCCUGGAA